GGAUGCACUUAUUCACCGGCAUUAUUUAUAGACCAAGACGCAAAGCAAAAACAUAAACAUAAACUUUGUAGUCUUCUCUUCCUUCCACUUCCUCCAUGGAUUCGAGCAGCUCAGAAAUCGCCCAUGACUUUUUCCCCAUGGCUCGCCUCUACAAAGACGGCCGCCUGGAAAGACUUCGCGGCACAGCCACCGUCCCGCCAUCUCUCGAUCCCGAAACCAGCGUCGAAUCCAAAGAUGUCGUCUUUUCAACCGAGCCAAAUCUUUCCGCCAGGCUCUACAUCCCAAAAUCCGCAACACUUCACUCCCAGAAACUCCCACUGUUAAUCUACUUUCAUGGCGGCGGCUUCAUAAUCGAAUCCGCCUUCUCCCCCACUUACCACGCCCACCUCAACACUUUAGUUGCAGAAGCCAACGUCAUCGCCGUCUCAGUUGAUUACCGCCUAGCCCCGGAGCAUCCUCUCCCGGCAGCCUACGACGACUCAUGGGCCGCACUCAAAUGGGUCGCCGCCCAUUCCGACGGAAACGGCCCGGAAGAUUGGCUGAACCGAUACGCAGAUCUGCAAAAGGUGUUUUUAGCAGGUGACAGUUGCGGAGCCAACAUAGCUCACCACAUGGCUGUUAGAGUUGGCAAAGAAGAAAACCAUGGAAAACCUUACGUUGCUCUUGAUGGUAUCAUUCUGGUUCACCCGUAUUUCUGGGGUAAAGACCCGAUUGUCGAGGAGGCCAGUUAUGUAGCUUUCCGGUCGAUGAUCGACGCUCUGUGGCGGUUCUCGUGUCCUGGCUCUAGUGGGCUCGAUGAUCCCUUGAUUAACGUGUGCGGCGAUAGUUCGUGUCUGGCGAGGCUCCGGUGCAGGAGGGUUCUGGUUUGUGUUGCAGAGAGGGAUGGUUUUAGGCAGAGCGGGGUUGAGUACUGUGAGAAAGUGAGGAGAAGUGAGUGGGGAGGAGUUGUGGAGAUGAUGGAGAGUGAAGGAGAGAACCAUGUUUUUCAUUUGCUUGAUCCUACGAGAGAAGCUGUGGGUCCUCUUCUUAAGACCAUUGUUGAUUUCAUUAGCCAAGAUCAUGAUCCAUAAUCUUAUCAAUAUGUACACACACACACACAUAUAUAUAUAUUAUAUAUAUGGCUUUUAGUUGCAGUUCUUGAUUUCAAGAGCGUUGAAUGUUGACUUUCAAUAAAAGAUAAUAGACUUUUAUGUCA